CUUUUACUCCGACGAUGUAUUGCGAUUUCUUUCGACCUUCUCUCUCUAGGAUUUGGAGCUUGGGAGUGGGGGAGGGAUGGAGGGACAGAUAUUGAUAGACCAACAGAGAGAGAUGGAAUUCCUCUAGAAACCUUCUUCUUCUUUCUUCUGGUGAUCUCUUAUCAAGAACAAGCCUCAACGCGCAAUUUCCUUUCUCUCUUUCGUAUGAUUCUCUCCUUUGAUUCAGCGUUUUUUCUUAUUCUUCUUCUUUCGAUUCUGUAAUCCUGCUUAAUUAUUCCUGCCUCCAUUCCUCCGCAUUCUCGUUCUCAAUUCUUUCCUCUCAUUACUCCAUUAAAUUAGCUUCGAAAUCAAUUUUGUAUAUUAUCCGCUUGUUUCUUCUCCUUCCAAUUCAUUCAAUUAUUCCUUUGUCUUCCUCCUUCCAUAUUCCAUCCUUAAAAAUCUUCUUAUUCGCUAGAUUAUUUGAGAUACUCUGUUUUCCAGUGAUUUAGUUGACAAAAGGAAGCCAGGAUGAUGCCUCCUGCGGCUCCGACUGAACAGAUAUUGACGGAAUCAUUGUCGGUGGUAUCUUUUCCUUCGUCAACAAUAGAGGAGACUUACAUUGUUGAUGCUCGUCGAUUUUCUAAUCUACGAGGAGUACGAUGGCGCAUAGACUUGGGGAUUUUGUCGUGCUCCCUUUCUGCAUCGAUUGAUGAUCUACGUCGGACGACAGCAGAGUCUCGAAGGAGAUAUGCUGGUCUGAGGCGGCGGCUGCUUAUUGAGCCACACAUACCCAAGGAUGGUACUAAUUCUCCCGAGCCUGUCAUUGACAACCCAUUGUCACAAAACCCAGAUAGUAUGUGGGGUCGAUUCUUCAAGAAUGCUGAAUUAGAAAGAAUACUUGAUCAAGAUUUGUCUCGCCUGUAUCCAGAACAAGCAAACUAUUUCCAGACAGCAGGAUGCCAAAGCAUGCUAAGAAGGAUACUGUUGUUAUGGUGUCUUAGACAUCCAGAAUGUGGUUACAGACAAGGAAUGCAUGAACUGUUGGCUCCACUAUUAUAUGUUCUCCAAGCUGAUCUGGAGAACCUUGGGCAAGUGCGAAAACUUUAUGAAGACCACUUCAUCGAUAAAUUUGACAGCUUCUCAUUCCAGGAUAGUGAUUUAAUGUACAAUUUUGAUUAUAAGAAAUUGUCAGAGUAUAUGGAAGAUGAAAUAGAGUCUAAAAAAGCGCCUAAGAAGAAGAUCUGCAGUCUCGAUGAACUUGAUCCAAAAAUCCAAGAGAUUGUAUUGAUAAGUGAUGCUUAUGGGGCAGAAGGUGAACUGGGGGUGGUAAUAUCUGAGAAGUUUCUAGAACAUGAUGCUUAUUGCAUGUUUGAUGCUUUGAUGAGUGGAUCUACAGGUGCUGUAAUGAUGGUUAACUUUUUCGUACCUUCACCAUUACCCAGCUCCCAAACGGGUUUAGCUCCUGUUAUUGAAGCUUCUUCAGCUUGGUAUCAUUUACUUUCUAUUGUUGAUUCAUCUCUUUACAGCCACCUUGUUGAGUUGGGGGUAGAGCCUCAAUAUUUUGCCUUACGGUGGUUAAGAGUCCUGUUUGGGCGUGAGUUCUCGCUCGAUAACCUCUUGAUUAUCUGGGACCACAUAUUUGCAUAUGACAAUUGCAAAACAAGAUCUGUUGUUGAUGAUAAUUCUAACAUUUGUGAAGCUCUCAAUUCACCCAGGGGAGCUUUCAUUUCUUCUUUGGCUGUUUCAAUGAUUCUUUACCUCAGAUCUUCAUUACUUGCAACAGAGAACCCUACUUCAUGUCUCAAGAGGCUUCUGAAUUUCCCGAAUGAUGUGAGUUUGGGAAAACUGAUGGGCAAGGCCAAAUCUUUAUUGGUUUUGGCAUUAGAUCCAAAUAACUUGACUCCUUUGCAACCAUCCAUUAUUGGGACGACCUCGAAUCGGAGCAGAUCAGCAACUGUAAGAGGCCAUAGCCUUUCAACAGAUUCAGUUUCUCCCACGAGUCCUCUAUGUUUAGUACCUGAUAGCUACUGGGAAGAGAAGUGGAGAAUUAUGCAAAAGGAAGAGGAAGAAAAGCGAAAAAAUUGCAGCUCAGAGAAGAAACAUGUUCCAUACCAGAAAAAAGGUUGGUCCGAAAAAGUGAAGAUGAGACUAUCUAGAACCAUAUCUUCCGCAUCUUCAUCAAAGAUUGAACCCAUUCGAUCUUUUAGGAAGAGUUUGCUGGAUGAUCUUUCUCGAAAUCUCGGAACAAAUGAUCACUCUGUUCCUGCCUCUAUUGAAGAAGAUAAGACUGAAAACAAGGAGAGGGAUUUAAAUGGAAAUGGAAAUGGGGUAUCUGAAGAGGGUUCUUCGAGUUUCUCUGAUCUUCCAAGCCCUAAUAACAAUGAAAAUGAUUCAAGAAGAAGUAGCAGUGCAUCAAACAUUCCCAGCAAUAAAAUUGACGAUGAAUCAAAUAAUGUGCAGUUGCUAACCGGACAAGACUCACCCCUUCCAGUGUCUAGGCCAUCCAAUGUUAUUUCUUCACAACCUGGGUUGGGUAAGGACUCUAAUUUGGUGGAAGAUCUUUCUUUGGUUGAGACAGAAAAUCCUGUACCUUGUCCAAAGGAGCAGAGGCUCCUGUCGAUAGGUAAAUUUCCAUGGCUUUGGAAAUUUGGUCGGAGAGUGGAAGGAACAGCAACCCAUGAAAAAGCUGCUAAUGAGUCCACAAAGAUUUCCAGUGGUAGUUGUAAUGAUCAGAAAGGUGGCGGUAGGGUCUCGCCUCAGUUAGAUGUUUCUAAUACUUCUUUGGCAACAAGUAAUGGUGAAGUCGUGGACCAGAACAUGAUUAGCACAUUGCGAAAUCUUGCUAGUAGCAUGCUCGAGAACAUUCAGGUAAUUGAAUCGUCUAUGGAACAAGAGAACAUGUCUAAAAACAUUAUUUCUGGCAGAGGAGGACAAGUUACAGCAGUGGUGGCUCUUAAGGAGCUUCGGAAAAUUAGCAACAUUUUAUCGGAAAUGUGAAAAGGGUGUGUUUUUGUUCAUAAUAUUUUAAAACUCUAAAGAGAAAUGUAUAUACAUUUGGUGCUUACUGUUAUUGCUUCCAUUCCCAUGAAUAUAUUUCUUUCUUUUGUCUAUCCUUCCUCAUUUGUUGAUGAACUCUCUUCUGUAUAUAAUAUUAUUAGUUUCAAAUAAAUUCCAUUGUUUUUCUUUUUGUGA